UACUGUCACUAGUGUUACUGUCAAUGUCUGAAUUGUCAAAAAAUUUGAUUAUAGAAAAUCUUUCAUUCCAUUUCCUAUUUUUAUUUAAAAUUUUGGUAUUCAUCAAAAUGAACUCCCAUUUAGAUAAAUUUAAAUUAUAUAAGAAUAUUUCUAGAUGUUUUAAAUGAUGAAUCGUGAUCACAACUAGUUUUCAGUUAAAAAUAAUACUAGAAAAGUAGGCUAUUUUUAAACAGAAAUUAAGUGACUUCAUUAGAACAGUUUUAAAAUGAAUCCCAAACGUAAAUCCAUCUUCAGUGAUAUUUACUCUAGGCAAUACAAUAACAAGAUAAAUUUAUAUGGAACGGCAAAAGAUGAUGAAAGCUUUGUCCAAAGACUAGGUCUAUUAAAGAAGCUUCAAAUUCAUCAGGGGUGCGUUAAUACUAUCUGUUGGAACGAUACAGGGGAAUACAUUCUGUCUGGAUCAGAUGAUCAGCAUCUAGUUAUAACUAAUGGUCACAAUUAUAAAGUUUUAGAAAAUUACAGCACUAGUCAUCAUGCCAAUAUCUUUAGUGCUAAGUUCCUUCCUUGUACUAAUGAUAAGCAAAUUGUUUCCUGUUCAGGAGAUGGCAUAAUUAUCCACACAGAUCUGAAUCGCACUGAGAAGCCCUAUGACAAACUAUUUAAUUGUCAUGCUGGGACAACUACUUACGAAGUUAUCACUGUACCCAAUGAACCAUAUUCAUUCUUAAGUUGUGGGGAGGAUGGUACCGUUCGAUGGUUUGAUUUGAGGUGUAAAAGCAGUUGUUACAAGCCUAGAUGUAGGGAGGACAUCAUUGUUUUCUGUCAGAGAGCAGUCACCGCUCUGGCUCUCAGCCCUACAGCUUCUUAUCAAUUAGCAAUCGGUUGUGCAGACUCAUCAGUCCGGAUUUAUGAUAGAAGGUGUCUCAGUACACAAUCUGGAGAUCACAUUCAGCCAUUUUGUACAUUUGUGGCCCCACAUUUUGGUAAUGAUCGGCAUUACAGGAUAACAUCUUUAAGUUACAGCAGGGAUGGACAAGACAUGCUUGUCAGCUACUCUUCAGAUUAUCUGUAUUUAUUUAGCGUUUUGGAAAAUAGUGUCACUCAACUAAAAAAACCUUUGAAAAAACCUUCGCCAUGGGAAAAAAUCAAAGCCGCCACAAACAAACGAGAAAGAAUGUCGCCUAUACCGGUUAGACGACUAAGGCUACGCGGCGAUUGGUCAGACACCGGUCCCGACGCUCGACCAGAGAGAGACAACAACCCUUCUGUCAGUCUCGGCCAGGCCAGACCGCAGCUUCAGGCGACUCUGAUGCAGCGCAUGACGGACGUACUCUCGCGCAUGUUGAACGAUCCCAUGACCAGAGCAGCUUUAAGCGCUGGCGGCGAAGAUUCAGUGGACGCCGACGAUAAUGCUCAAAGAAUUUUAGAAAAUAGACCUGCUUCGGAAGAGGGGCCUAGCGCUAUGGAAACUGAGCAAAGCCAAAGUGGUCAAGAGCAAAGCCAGUCGUAUAAGUUCUUGUGUCUAAUGAUUGAUUCUAGCGGAGACCGUCCGGCCGCACAAGAAUCUCCUGGAAUCACGGAUUCCGCUUCGCGUUCCGGCAUCACCAGUCAUCUACACAAUCACCUGACGGCCUUACGCAAUCUCCGCGAGGGUUUCAUAGAACAACACGGCGCCGAACCUUCGGUCAGCUUCAGAUAUUCGCAGCAGAGCACCUCGAAUUCCACCAUCAGUCUCAGAGUGAGCAACAGAAGAAACUUCGAAGAAUCCACCGGCGAGGUGUCUACAGUGCCUUCGACGUCCGAGAGAGAGGAGAGCAACGAGAACGAAACGACAGAGGAAAUGUCCACCGAUGUAGACUUAGACUACGACGACGAUGAAGCUGAUACGUCCGGUAACUCGGACGAUAAAAUAGAAGAAAAGCUGUCUGUAUACGAAGCGGAAAUGAAAAUGAAAUACAUCGGUCACAGAAAUUCGAGGACGAUGAUCAAGGAGGCGACGUUUUGGGGCGACGAUUACGUCAUGUCGGGUUCGGAUUGCGGUCACGUGUUCAUCUGGAACCGGCACACGGCCGAUUUGAAGAUGCUUCUGCAAGCCGAUCAGCACGUGGUGAAUUGUCUGCAACCGCAUCCUACACUGCCAAUUUUAGCGACGAGCGGGAUCGAUCACGACGUUAAACUGUGGGCGCCGACGCAAGAGCAGAGUUCCUUCGAUAGCAAAACAGCCACUGACUUAAUCAAUAGAAACGCAAUAAUGCUGGAAGAGACUAGGGAUACGAUAACAGUACCUGCAGCUUUCAUGAUCAGAAUGUUGGCGUGUCUGAAUCAGAUACGCAGAGGUGCUAGAACUAGAACCAAUAGGAAUAAUAGAAGAGAAGACGACCAAGAAGACUCAUAAUAUUGUUUUAAAUUAUUCGGAAACAAAUAACGGAGAAGUAAGGGUGAAAAGAUAAAUAGUCAGUGAUAGAUAUCGGUGUAUAACCUCUUGUAAUUCCCCCUAAGUAUCGAUUUUAUGAUUAUUUUUUUAAAUAGACAGCCGUUAUGUAGAUAAUUUCAGUAUUAUAUGACUUAUUACUUUCUAAUAUCGAUAUUUUGUACUUUUUUCUUGUAAUUAGCUAUAAACUGGUUGUAAAUAUUUACUAUUUUACUUUGCUAGUCCAUUUUAACGCAUUUUCUAGUGCAGGAGGUUAUACAGUCACUUGUCUGUUCAAAAAAAUAUUUUUUUAUGCUUUAAUUUAGAUUCUAUUGUAAAUAGAUUUUUUUUAACGAAUAUAUUACGUGGAUUGUUUAUCAGAAAAGGGUACUGAUGAUUUAUCAGCUUUAUUUCUUUAUUAAUAUUAUUUUUUUGUUGAACUACUGCAAUUGUGUUAUUAGUAUUAUUGUAUUUUUAAGAAUCAUUAUAUUAAUGUUUAUAAUUUAAAAAAAAAUGAUUUUGAUUUGUUUAUUGAUGGUUUUCGUAGUAGAAUCGGGUUGUGAAAUUAGCGAAUUUCGAAUUAAAUUACCUUUUAAAUU